AUGGGUGCGAACUGCUCAUCUGCGCAGAAGAAGAAACGUGCCGGAGCUGGCGAUGAUGCCGGGGGCGGUGCAGGUGGGCGUCGGGCCUCGUCCGAAUCCGUGCCGUACGGUGAAGUGGAUGCUCGACCAAAUGAGCCGACCUUGUCGCAUCCCGCAAGUUCGCUACCUCCCCCCACAAUACAACAGUUACAACAGCCUCCGGCGCCCGCGACCCAGCCGCCGACCGCUACUCAACCGCAAGAAGAAGAGGUCCUGGACCAACAAACCUUCCCGGAAACAGUAUUCCAACUACUCCGAGGACGGAAUCCGUCCGAGCAAGCCGGUGUCGAAAUGUUGUUCGCGAACAUAUCGAAGCAAGUGACCAUCUAUACGAUUUCAACGGAAGACUGGCUGGCCGAGCGCAAGUUUCUCAUGGAGAACGUCUUCAGUGGUGUUCGCGAAAUGGCUCAGAAAAUGGGAUACGCUCUGAACUUCGUGGAUCUCCAUUGGGCCCUGAAUUAUCAACAGAUGAAGCACGCGAAAACCGAGUCGCUCUCGCGUCUCACGAUCGAUCGCUUGAAAACCCAGGGUAAACUGGUUGCACUGGUUCUAUUGGACGAGAAAGCCCGCCACUUGCAGUACACGCUGCCAGCCGAGUUGCCCGAGGACGUUUUCAAUGCUCUCCUGAAUAACUGCACUGAGCAUUCACCGGUGGUUCAACGAUUUUACAAAGUUUCCGAUGGGAUGGCGAAACUCUACGAGCCCAGAGUCGCCGACAUCACGAAUGACUUGCACUCACAGUUGGUGGAAGCCUUUCUGAGAGGCCUCAGUCCCGCCAUGAAGGACAAAUACCUCGUAUCCCUCAUUGAGAGCGAACUGAAAUCAACGGUUUUCGCGCCCUCCGAUCUCAGCACUGCCGGUGAGGAUAGCUUGCGGGGCAAACACGCGAUCUGGGUGGAACGUCGCGCUCAAGGCGGCGCCCAGGAACGCCAGAAGAGUACGGAAUCCAGCAACGACGUCGAUUCCGAUGGUUGGCAGGCGAAGCGAUACAACCAUCUUCGCGGCCUCUUAGAAGACAAUCUCACCGAGGCGCAGAAGCUCAUCAUACGCCAAACUAACACAAAAGAUAACGACGCGUACCUUAAGGAACUGACCAGCAGCAUCCGCUCCGCGAUGGAGGGCCUCAUCAAAGGGGUCAGGGAUGAGGACAUGGAAGUUGAAGCCAGUACGCCGUGUCGAGGAAUCCCUGAUUCGCUGUUCUUGGAACUGUGCGAGCAAUUCCGCAUCAAAGAGACGCUCUUGAAGAGCGAAGAAAUGACCACUGGGGAAGCCGAGUUCUGCAAACUCUUCUCUCAGAGACUCAAAGGCGGCAAACUCUUCGUGAUCCAUUCGAAUAAAGAAGUCGGUCACAUGGCUGCGCACAUGAUCCACAACGUGUCGGCCGAUAAUAAACGGGCAGUGCUUUUCCGUUAUUGCAACCGGACUGUGAACUCGUCCACUCUCGGCCGCUUAGUGCGCUCACUACAGGAACAAUUGUGCUUCCUCGCGGGCAAGAGCGCCAAGCAGGGCAGCGCGAGCCUCGAACAUCAUAAAGCACAUGGCCAUCCGUUCUCCGUACCGACUUCCACCUCUCGGAACCUCCAGGACGUCGUGUUCAUUUUGGAUAUGCAAUUCGGUGACGAUCUCGCAGGCAUCUGCGAUCUGGUUCCCGAGCAACUACCGUCAAACGUUUCGGUUGUCCUCCUCGCCAAGAGCGGCAGUGAGACUUGCGCCAAACUGAAAAACAUCGGCAACCUCGACAAGUCGACCGUAGAACUCACUGAGACGGUGAACUUGGAGCUGUCCGAUGACCCGGUUUUCGAGCUGGACAAGUUGAUCUCGAGCGAGACACAGAAGCUCUUCGAGGGUCUUCUCGUGUCCUCAAGAUACGGAAUGAUGGAACGAGACAUCAUGGAUCUACUCUCGACGAAGCCGUCGUGCUAUCAGAACGCCAGCCCUAUGAUAGAUCCGAACCAGGAGUGUCGACACGCUCCCUAUUCGAUAUGGGCUGUGUAUGCCGCCGUGAACUCGCAUCGACUGAUUGUGCAAAAUCACGCCGGCAGAGUGAUCUACUCACUGCUUAAAGCCGAUCCCGCAACGCCGAGAUGUCAUGACAUUCUCUAUGACUACUUUGACACGCAUUGGAAUAAGGAAUACUCGACGCUGAUCCAAGACGAGGUCGCCUACCAAAAAAUCAGAAAUAACAAAAUGGUUCCCAAUACCUACUAUGACAUGGACUACCUUCUGAAAAGACUGUGCCAAGAGUUUGCCGAUCCGUAUUCAAUAUUGGAGGAGCUCGAGGCGGUGAAUGACCGAAGCCUCAGGAACGUGCUCGAACGUGCCAGUUACGCUCUUCGCUACGACGCUACUCAACUUCAAGCGCAGAUGACGGAACAUCUCGCCGCCGCCAAAGGAACCGACAAGUUUGAAAAAAUCAAAAGCAUGCUCGAUGCACCCACCAAAGUCUCAACUCUGAUGCCUUUGGAUGCGGCCACAGCCUUAGACAACGAUAAGCAGCUCGAGGCGUCAACGAAGGAAGGAACAGAAUCCUCCGGGAAGAAGUUCAGCAACUUCUACGUCCUGAAAGACGAUAAAAUCCACGUUGUAUCGAACAGCGAAGACUGCAAAGAGAUCUGCGUCUGGAGCAUCGUGGAACAGAAGGCUGUACGCCGACUAUACGGCCUCAAUCAGCCCCGGGAUCUGCGUCUAAUCGAUAACCGCAGAGCUUUGGUUCUCUGCAAUCGGGAACUUCGGGUUUACGAUUUGGAUGCGGGCCAGUUGCUGGUCAAAUUGAAGGGCGUGAUGAACCAGCAGAUGGCUUAUUUCGGGCUCCAUUCAAGCGACUAUGUGGUCUCGUUGUCACGCAACCGUAUGUACGUCAACAUGAUGAACCUCACCAGUGGCGACCUGGAAACUACUUUCAAAGUUGGCGAGGACCGCUUCCUCAACAGCCUCCUAGUAUCGGGAAACGGCCGGAUCUGCGUUUGUGGCGAUGAAACUCAAAAACCGUUCCCCCUGCUCGUGUGGGAUCUGGAGAAACGAAAACUCCUAUACGAUCUGCGUAUUGCGCAUCACGAGUUCCUGACUCGAAUGUCGGCCAUAAGCUCGGACGGCCAUUACGUGGUGUGCGUGUGUCGUGAGCUCUCGGACAGCGCUCCGAACUUCAUCAUUGUUUACGAUCUUCAAAGUGGAACCCUCUUCAAAAAAUGGAAACCGCAGCGCAGCAGCGUCAGUAUUGCGGUUUCUUCACAAGCAUCGCUCGUCAUCAACGGGCUCGAUAACGCCUUCCUCAUCGUGUGGGAUCUCACGACCGGUCAACGAAAACACACUUUGAAAGGUCACACUGCCCCCGUGGAUGAGAUUCGCCUCGAGAGCGAAGCAGGAUCGGUGGCGCUCACCUAUAGCUCUCAACAGGACAUCGAUGGCAGCGUCAGAAUGUGGGACGUGGAUAAGGGCGUUUGUCUCGCUGUCUAUACCCCUUCGACGAGCAUCCUCUGCGCUCAAAUAAUGCCGGGCGGUGAAUGCUGCGUCCUGGCUCUCGAAGGGCGCGAGACUCCGAUGUCGUGCAUGCUCGUUCAUAAAAGCGAAACGAGCGCCAAGAGUAGGAACAGGCUCGUAGGCAACGCAACUUCCUCAUACGGCAGCUCGGGGAAAACAUGUCUCGAGGUCGAACUGAAGGACGGCUAA